AUGGCAGCGGAGUCCGAGAGGUCGCCUUACCCCAAUGGUUCUUUUGGUGGGCCCAGGGUGGCUCAAGGCGACGAGCCUGCCUCAUCUGCCUCCCGGCGGUCUGCCAGCGAAAGUGAUAUGGUGGAAUUGCCACGUUCCGCAUUUAAAUCUCAAACUCAAGCCUCAGUCUUAGCCCAGUUGCCUAAACUGUCGUCUGCGAUUCCUGCCAUCUCUGCUCCGCCGUCCACGACGAAUUCCACCCUGUCCUCCCGCGAGUCCUCCCCGGUUCGGUCCUCCUCUCGCGCACGCAAUCCCACAUCCGCCCCUCGAGUCUCCAAACCGCGCAGAAACAGCUUGGAUCACAAUUCACAUCCUUCUAUACCGGCUCAAAUCACUGGCGCCGGCACGGUUCCCUCUGCAACUGUGGUACAACGAGCAUUGUCCCAGCCCAGCAAGCCUCCUGUGCUGAGCCCUUCCCCGAAUGUCGACCCGUCCCCCAAUGUUGCCGACCCCGACAAAGCCAGCAACAUGCCGUUAUGGGGCUCUACCCCUCCGAAUAUCUCAAGCAAGCGGUCUCUGCCUCCAUCCGACGACCUGGCCGCCCGAGGGGACCGGAGUGUACCUCGCGCCGUAAGCAACCGCAUCAAUGGACCUGGAUCCGCCCUCGAAACUGUGGAGGAGAUGGUCAGCGAUCCGUCAACGCCAUCGGCCGAUACCAUUUUGAACCAGCCUCUACCCGAGGAGUCACGACUCCAGAAUAUCGACGAGGAAACGACCCCAAAAGCUUCCAGGCACCAUAAUGAGAGUGGGAGUGACAGUGGUGGUGGGAAUAAAAGCUCUGAGCGGAUGGAAGAUACUCGUCGUUGGGUGUCAUCGGGAACCAGAGGCGCUGCCUCUAUCAUCCCCAAGCGUUCCACCGCCUCGUUGACGGGCGGCCGCGGAAAACAUACAGAGGGCUCCGUCCGUAACAUGAUCGUUGAGACCGAAACUGUGACUUCCAUCCCCCAGGUUUCUUUGGGCGUCGUCCCGGGCGAGCGAGGCACUUCGGGCCGGGUGGAUAACGGUACCCUCCGGAUGAAGCCAAGCACAGAAACGAUCCGUCCCAGAAAGGAAAAGAGAAGGACCCGCAAGCCCGCUGCUCUGACGAGUGGAGCGGCGUCUUCAAAGGCUGAUAUCUUUGAAGCGAAAGUGGCGAGUGCGGUGGACGAGGCCGAUGUGUCAGACUCCGACGAAACGUUCGUAUAUGAAUCCAAUCCCCCAGACCCGUAUCCGGUCCGGCCGAGCCGGUAUCACUCCCGCACCCCCAGUGCAACAUCCAUGGCAAGCCAAGUCGACCAGCUGGCAGGUCGGGCACGCCACAGCAUGAGAGACACAACCCAUAGUGUAACGGGCAAACGCAGCAUGAAAUUCACGAAUAACUACACCAGCAGCGUGGACGGUGACGCCGCCGAGGAAGGCGGCCGGCCCCUUUCAAGAGUGGAGGGCGGUGGCACGCACACACCCCGUCACCAUCAUAUUGGGCGGUAUGGACGCAGCGGCAACGUGCAUCCAUCACUCUUCGAUAGUGACUCGCCAUUCCCGCAAUCACAAGCCCAUUCUAAGUCGCCGCGACACUUCAUCGGCAGUGGACUACGGCAAUCCAGACAUGCUAAUUCCCGCGGACUCCCGAACUACCGCACCAUCAAUGGUAACAAGAAGGCCGGUGACAUGUACGGUUAUGACUUUGAUGCAGAAGGGGCCGACGAUGAGCGCACACCACUGGUUGGGUCGGCACGAGUCGCUCGAAGCCGCCAUGGUGCUCGACGUCCGAACAGCGCAAGUUUGCGCCAAAUGGAAUACAUGCAGCAGCGGCAACGCGGGUGUUUCUCGCGCAAUGGCGUGUGUUUACUUAUAGGGCUGUUGUUGCUGUUGAUUGUCGGAGGUGCCACCUCGUUCAUUGUCGGUAUCACCAAAUCGCUACAGGAUGUGCAGAUCCUUGCGAUCCAGAAUGUGCUCGCUUCCGAGCAAGAGAUUAUGCUGGAUCUCAGCGUGCAAGCCGUUAACCCCAAUCUGUUCCCUGUGGCGGUGGAGGACUUGGAUGUGAGUAUCUUGGCCAAGAGCCGUUUUGUCGGGACGGAGAAGCUGGAUCUGGAUCAAGUCCCUCGUACUAAACAAAGCCGGAAACGAGCAGAGUUGGCCCAACAUGUACGCUGUAGCAGAGAUAACACCUGCACAUCGGAUCAGUCGGUCAAUGUCACAGGGGGGGUCGACAAGGGCACUGAUCCGAUCCCGACCGACCCAGCUGGUGAUCCUCACCCCAUGUCACUUGGUCGAGUUUUCCGCUUUGACUCGCCUCUCUUGUUCGAGUCAUCUCCUUGGAACCACUUAGCGUCUACAUCGAAGGGCCAGCUCCGUCUUGCUCGGCCUGGCAAUGAAACGGAGGAAGGCGAUACGGAGCGGUGGGAGCGGGUUCUCCAGCAUCCUUUUCAACUGAUAGUGCGCGGGGUCAUCAAGUACCAGUUGCCUUUGAGCUCGAGAUACUAUUCCGCGCCUGUGAGUUCCAGCGUGAUGGUUGUACCCAAUGAGGAUAACGACGGUACGCCUGAUCCCGAUUCCGGGAAUAAUGGUACGGUCUCAACAUCUGCGACAAAUUUAUACCGUCGAACCCUAUCUGGUCAUCCUGCAAGUGAAUCUGAUCGCCAGUCCUCUGCCGCUGUGAAGAGGACCCUCGAAACGAUUGCACGUGCUUUUACCGCCUGA